AUGGCAGUCGCUGAUAAUCCCUUUUCAAUGUCGACCAUGUUCAAUGCUUUACCAAACCCUAAAGGAAUCUCCGGUUCCAUUCCUCCUCCUGGAUUCGCCCCACGCGCCUCCGCCACGCCCUUGCACGCAGCUCUGUUCAACCUAAUGACUGACGGCGAUGGUGUGUCUUACUUUAAAGAGAUGAUCUCAAAUUCAGACAAAACAGAGCUUCAGAGGAUGGCCUCGUUGCUUACGUCUGACUCCGAUUACUUCAUGUCGAUCGUCACAACCAAGUUCGGCUCGAGACGCGUGCAGAAGCUCCUCGGCAAAUCAGAUGACGUGGACGCCUUCUUCUGUGCCGCUAUCUUGCGCCGCUUCCUCCACAUCACGACCGACAAAUACGCAUCCUACGUGACGAUACGAGCCAUGGUCGUUUUCGACAAGGUGAUGAAAAAGGCAUUGUACGAGCGCAUUCUCUACCACGCUCUCGACCUAGCGUGUGACCAGCACGGCUGCAUCGCGCUCAAUGAUAUCAUAACCGACGCUGACGAUCCUUACUACAGAGAUCAGCUACUAGAAUUGGUCGCAUCCAACGCUCUCCGGCUAAGCAACGAUGCUUCAGGGAACUUUGUGGUCCAACAUGUGCUUACACUGUAUGACUCGCGUUGCAUUCACAACAUCGCCGUUAAUCUUUAUGGUCAGUGCAUUGAGCUAUCGUUUAAGAAGUAUGGAAGCUACAUCGUGGAGAAGCUUUUGGAGGUGGAGGAGUCAAUGGUUGUGGUGGUUGUGGAGCUUUUGGGUUGCGAUGGAGACAGGUUGAUGAGGCUGGCGAGGAAUGAGUUUGGGAAUUUCGUGGUGGUCAAGGCUCUGAGAUUCACCAAGAUGUCUAGGAUGGAUCUGUUUUGGGGUUUGGUGCAGAAGCUCAUGCCUUUUAUCCGUCUCUUGCGUAGAUCUCACGGAAGCAACAUUGCAAACAUCUUGGACUCAUUUAGGCUUCGUUGCUGA